AAGCCGCGUGCAGUUUGUUGCUGGUGAUGCGGAAUCGAUGAAACAGGUGGCCCAUAUUCCGGUUUUCAACAGCAGACUGUACGACGAAAGUCCGGGAUGCUGGAAUCCUGUCCCAUAUGGGCCGCUUGAUCCGCGUUUGGGUAUUUGCAACAAGACUAGUAACUGUCAGACGUGCAAGCAGAAUUUGUCGGAUUGUGUUGGUCAUUUUGGCUAUAUCGAUCUUGCCAUGCCAGUAUUCCAUGUGGGCUUCUUCCGCCUCAUCAUACAGAUGUUGCAGUGUGUUUGCAAGUACUGUUCGGCAUUGCUACUAACCGGCGAGCAGAAGCAAUCAUUUCUGCGUCAAGUGAAUAGCACAAAUCUGGAUUAUUUGCGCCGAAAAGCACUCCAUAAGCGAAUUGUGGCUGCGAGCAAAAAAAUAUCUGUUUGUGCUCGAUGCGGCCAUCGAAACGUUUUUACUUAAUU